CUGCAACUUCCCCGUGUAGCCUGCUACCUCCGUCUGAGUCCGGUUGGUUGUUUGACAGCUGCUGCCACCAUCAAAUCGCUCUAAAUGGAUUAUACUGCGACUCAAAGUGGGUUCAGACAGCGUAAGUUACAGCCUAACAUGCGUCUAAGGAACAGCUCUGUGGACGGUUCUGAUGGCAGCCAGCUGUUUGAGGAUACGAGUGGGACUGGUCCUGCACCACAGCCAGGCUACAGGAACCAGCAGGCCGGCGCUCAAGCUGCAGGGUUUCCUGGUCAGUCCCUCCUGUCAGAACCAAUGUCCAACCUGGCCAUGGCAUAUGGCACCUCACUUGCAACCCAGGGGAGGGAAAUGGUGGACAAGAAUCUCGACAGGUUCAUCCCAAUUUCUAAGCUGAAAUACUACUUCGCUGUGGACACGGUGUACGUGGGGAAGAAGCUGGGCCUUCUAGUUUUUCCUUAUAUGCACGAGAACUGGGAGGUGAGCUAUCAGCAGGACACUCCUGUGGCUCCACGCUUCGAUGUGAAUGCUCCUGAUCUUUACAUUCCCGCCAUGGGCUUCAUCACAUACGUGCUGGUGGCUGGACUCGCUCUCGGCACACAGAACAGGUUUUCUCCAGAGCUGCUGGGAGUCCAGGCCAGCUCAGCGUUGGUGUGGUUGAUCAUGGAAGUCCUGGCGGUCCUGCUGUCGCUCUACCUUGUCACCGUAAACACAGACCUCACCACCAUAGACCUACUAGCCUUUUCUGGCUACAAAUAUGUUGGGAUGAUUGUAGGUGUGGUAGCAGGGCUUCUAUUUGGUAGACCAGCGUAUUAUCUGUCCCUGCUGUGGUGUUGUGUUGCCAUCUUUGUGUUUAUGAUCCGCACCCUGCGUCUGAAGCUGUUAUCGGAGGCGGCGGCGGAGGGGAGGCUGGUGAGAGGAGCCAGAAACCAACUGAGGAUGUACCUUACCAUGACUAUAGCAGCGGCGCAGCCCAUCUUCAUGUACUGGCUCACCUACCACCUCAUCAGAUAAAACACAGACACGCAUUCACAUGUGUAGAAGAUGAACUUUUGCUGUCUGAAUGCCAUCUCACCCCCUGAAGAAAAACAAACAAAACAAACACUCCACACACAUAUCAAAGAAGCUGGACUUGGAUGAAACACAGCGACAUCACAAGACUGCCUCCAUGCGCGCAUGGAGCAGAACAACACAAGCGACAAGACGAUUAAGAGAAGAUACGAGGCGCUGCUGCCUCUUCUCUCACAGCACAGCCAUGUCAUUAGUAUUGCCUUUUUUUGUUUGUUUGUUUUUUUGUCUUUUUUAUGUAAUGUCUUCAAAACUUUGUAGCAAGAGCAAGUGGCUUUAAGUUUUCUAUACGGUGUAAUUACUUGUUAAUUAUGUUUUUUAGGACUAUUUAUGUAUGUUUGUGUAUAGCAGAAGUAUUAUUGCAGAUGUUGCUCUUGUCUGAUAUUUCAUAAGUGAUGUUUCUGAGCCAACAGAAAGAAAGCACACUAACCUCACACAAGCCGUCCACUUAAUAUAAAGAAACUCAAAUUCAGGUUUAAAAGCGGCUCUUUUUGGAUGCUUGACUAAAUUUACUUUUUCUCUUGUCCUAAUGUUUGCUUAAUGGUUGAAAAAAGUCCGGCGCUGUGUGGAGAAAAUACCCACAUUAGAUCUGGAAAUGAGGGUUUACCUGACUGUAAGGGUGGCUGUAAAAACCACUGUUUUAAUCUCUUUGUAUGUGCUUUGUUACAUUAUAUGAGCUUUGCUGCCUAAAAUACUCUGGAAUAGAAAGAUUAACUCUAAGCGACUUUAAGGUGUAGAACCUCAACAUGAAAUGUCAGGUUAAUUUUGAUGUCAUUUUAAAAAAUGAGUAAAUUAUUUACUGCUUUUCAUAUUGAAAGAUGAAUGUCGGAUGGAAUAAAGAAAGGGAAACAGAAAUGAGAUGGGUUGUUCUGCAGAAACUUCUAGUCUUCUUGGGAUACUUGAAAAAAAUGAUAUCAGAACUUCUUUCUUGUGCUUCAACGUGCAUGUGAAUCUUCUAAUUAAGUUACUGUGGAACAUGUUUAUGCUUUUCUUAUGUAGCUGGUGUUAACUUUUAUUUCAGACUCUAGUAGAAUUCACAUUAAUUUAUGACAGAAAAUGAAACAAAUUUCAGGGUUUUCUUCCUCAAAUACAACUAGUUUUUAUCGGUUGUUGAUGAAGUGCCACUCAAACUUUUAUCCAGCUGUUUUGGUAAGUACUUAUAUACAAAGCAUUUCAUCACAGACUAAAUCUACAUACAUGUAGCAGGUAAUUAAACACUUUUUAAAUCAUGAAUUGAUUCCAGCCCGAGUGUCAAAGUGCGCCAUCAGCCUGCGUACUGCCUCUCACAUCAAGCCAGUGGAAUGAAAUGAUGACUGAUAAUAAAGUGUGACUGAUGGAGCUGCUGA